AAAAGGUCUCUAAAAAACUUGCCAGAUGGCUGGUUAGGCUAGCUUGGCACCGCUUGCUAAAGCUAGCAAAACAGUCAGGUAUCUAUUAGAGAGCUAACUUAUAGUGGUCUUUCGAUAUAGCUAACGUAAUAGCCAUUUUUCUUUCACUGCAAGACAGUUUUCAACGCGAUGGUUGUUAUAUUCAUUUAUUCAACUGAUUAGUUUAUGAAAUGAUUUGUGUGACGUUAGCUAGCAGCUAUCUAAGCAUUGACGCGCACUAUAUGUAUUCCUACUGCCGAAGUUGAAUCCGUCUUUCACUAUGGGGAAUUUAUUUGCAAGCCUCUUUAAAGCAUUUGGCAAGAAAGAGAUGAGGAUCCUCAUGGUGGGUCUCGAUGCUGCUGGUAAAACAACAAUCCUGUACAAACUCAAACUUGGAGAAAUUGUAACUACCAUUCCAACUAUAGGUUUUAAUGUUGAGACAGUCGAGUACAAGAACAUAAGUUUUACAGUGUGGGAUGUCGGUGGUCAAGACAAAAUUAGACCGUUGUGGCGUCACUAUUUCCAGAACACACAGGGUCUCAUCUUCGUUGUGGACAGCAAUGACAGAGAGCGAGUGAACGAAGCCCGCGAAGAACUGAUGAGAAUGUUGGCAGAGGAUGAACUACGAGAGGCAGUCUUAUUAGUAUUCGCUAACAAACAGGACCUCCCAAAUGCUAUGAAUGCGGCCGAACUCACAGACAAGUUGGGACUGCACUCCCUCCGCCAUAGAAACUGGUACAUCCAGGCCACCUGUGCCACCAGCGGAGACGGUCUCUAUGAAGGACUGGAUUGGUUGUCUAAUCAGUUAAAAAACCAGAAAUAGGCCUAAUCGUCAUAAUCCACUGUCCUCCUCAACUCACAUAUACCCUUUUCACUCUAUCGUGCUGACUCAAACCGUACGGUGGCUCAGAUAAUAUUCUUUCACGUUGUCCUUUCCUGCAUGGUUCUAGCAACUGUGUGGUAGAAGAGUUACCAGGCUGGCGCAGUACAGCCAUGCUGGCGCAAUACAGUUCUGCUCGGCUCAUUUUGGCUCGGCUCAGUAGUGUGAAAAGUGUAACACUGUAUCUUCUCUAUAUUUGCUUUGUACUCUUCUGAUGUUGAAAAUUAAGUUCCUUUUGUCAAAAGUACCUACUGGAAAGCUGCCCUCAUUUCUCAUCUCUUGUUACAACAAUACACCAUAUGGGCCAGGGAGGAUAAUAACCCAAUCAUGGAAAGCUGUCUGGGUUUCUUAUUUAAUGUAAAUAGUCUUGUUUUGGAUGGUGAGGGGUUUAAGAGGCAGCUUAUUGCAGACUUUUAAAAAUCUACCUUUGUUAUUUCCUCCUCUUGACCCUUGGGCAGACAUGCAUGUCUAGUAAAUAGAAAAGGGAGGCAAAAAAUAAUUGAACGGGACCCUAUGUUUAUUGACUUUUUUUUACAUAAGUCUGCUGGUAAUUUUGACUGAAAGGAGUGUUUCUCCUGAAUUAAGCAUACAUACAUACAUACAGAUGUACUACUUGCAACAAUUAUGGUUUAACACCUCUGACGGCAACAAUAUCCUGCUCCCCUAAAAUACCAUUUAGCAAAACACUGAAGAGCGUAUUAUUGAGAUGAAGCCUAAAACAGAGGUUAGUGGGCUUCAAAGUCAAACUCUUGUUGACACUUACCAGCUUUUGUUGUGUGUCAGAUCAUGUUGGCUUUCAUUGAGAAGUGGCUGCCAUGCAGAGUAACUAUGUUCCUCCAUGAAUCUCAUCAUUCACCUGCUUUGUGAUGGACAGGGGUACUGUCUGGUCAGCAUUAUGAUGUAUGAAAGUGGCUCAGGUUAAUAAUCAUGUGUACUGCCUUUGUCGCAUUGAGCCUGACUUUAAUAGCAAAAAAAGUGCAUGAUGAGGUCUGUAUGUUGGACAAAUGCAUGUUUAAGAUACACAGAUUCUGUGCAAAUCAACAGAUUUUCACAAUGCCUAGAGAAGCAGAAUUCCUGCCUAUCCAUUUGCUAUAAUCCAUGUUCUGUGCAGAAUCUAAUAUCUCGAACACAUUGAUUGUCAGCGGGACUAGCUAAUUGAUUGUUAAACAUUUUUGUAUACAUAAGCAUUGUCAUUACUCUUGGCAGGUGCUCAAGGGUUGGGAUACCUUGAUGUCCUCAACAUCACCAUCACAAUGACUUAGCGCCACAACAACCUUGUAACUCAGGGGUCUUCAACCUUAUCUUUCCCAGGGACCCCCUCCCAGGCAAACCACUGAACCAGGGACUCCCAUUAUGUUAGCCAAAACAUUUUUUUUUCUCAUGUCUUUAUCAGGUGAAUGUCAAGGCGAAGUAAUCAAAACAUUUUGAGAUUAAUAGAUUUGGUAAUGUUUUUUCAUUAGUUUGACCUCCCCACAUUUAUAAUUGGAAGUGUAAACUCUAACAUAGCCUAUUAGCUAGAAAGGUAACUGCAAACACUUUUGCUAAGCGCAACUGUUUAGCUUGCUAUCCAUGGGUUGGCAAAAAUGUAUGUCCAAGUCAAGAACACUUACCAGCAGCCAGUAGCACUUACCACACUGGUAGCCUAUUUUUCAAAUCCAAUGUCAGAUACUCCAGUGAGUGUAAUUUGUUCAAUAUUAGGAGUGGAGAAAUAAAGUUGACAUGAGAAAUAAGAUAUUUUCCUCUUUUCUACUGUAGGUAUGUCAUUCAAAAUGUGUUUAGUCUGUUGCUAGCGAUAUUCAUAAAAACAUUGAACCCCCAUCGCAGACACCCAGUUGUUUACCCCUGCACUCAAGGUAUAUGCUGUAUUAUGCGCUGAUAUGACAAAAGCAGUUGUAUUCUAAAUUCAGAUGUCCUCCAUCAUGACCUGAAGACCUUGUUUUCAUCCCUUUUUAUUGGGAAUGAUUAAAGUAUAUUAAUAGUAAUGGAACAAGGCAUGCAUCAAUGUCAGUGGCAAUAUGAAAUGUAUGAACUCCAUAUUUUUUACUUAGUGGGCACUAGUAUUUUUUUGUCCUUUGUAGCUCAUGUUGUCCUUGGCUAAGUUCUGGGGGGAUACUUUUGUCCUCAUGUCAAAGAAACAUGCUGUUCCAUUACAAACCUUUUGUGCUUCUUAUCAAAAGGUUCUGGGUGUUAUUCCACCAGAGUGCUAUGGACAUUUCUUAGUCUUUCUUUUAAAGCAAGGCAUUGGAUUAGAACUGAUUGCCUGAACCUUUUGUUGAAACGUUAAUCUCUUUAGCAGAACUGUCUAAACUUUUUUUUUUAAAUGUAAAGUUAUUUCAGCUUUAAUUUUUUGGAGAAAAGCACUGUAAUUAAAGUGAUUAGAGACUGUU